AAAAGCUAUAUGAAACAAACAAAAGCCAUUGUAAAAUAAAAAGAAGGCCACUCAGGUCUCUCAAACCUCGAUCGUCAUCAGCCCCAACGUCGUUGCUUUCCAGCUCCUCCAUUUAUAUAAUAUACACUAAAAUCAAGAAGAAAAAAUCACCUUCCAUUGCCACCAAAACCUGAUUCAUUCGAAGUAAUCAAACCAACCUCUUUGUCUCUCUAUCUCUCUCUCUCCCUCUAGAGAGAGAAAUGGACGACAUGUCAAAUAUGUCUCCUCCGCCCAAGGGCGACCUGACGAACACAACUUAUGGUACCAUGAUGAUGAGCAGCAGCCUCACAUGGGGCAAAGAUGUCAUCAUCCUCUUCCCCAAGUGGCCUAACAACAACCUCGGCAUGUACGUCUUGGCUUUCUUCUUCAUCUUCCUCCUCGCUGUCGCCAUCGAGGUAUUGUCCGUUUUGCCCAAACACAGACCGGCAGCCAAACCCUACCUAUCGCUCCUCGGUCAGACCGGCGUCCACACCUUUCGUACCGGUUUGGCUUACCUGGUCAUGCUCUCUGUCAUGUCAUUCAAUAUCGGAAUCCUCGUCGCCGCCGUGGCCGGCCAUGCCCUAGGUUUCUUCAUCGUUAAGGUUCGUGAUCAUGGCCAACACCCCGACUCGCCCGAGCCCAAAGUUUGAUUUGUCUUCUUGUUGUUGAUCGGUGCUUAAGUUUGUGUGGGUGCUUGGGUUUGUUUCUAUCUUCUUUUUUUGUUGGUUUGUUAUAAAGUGCGUGAAUAUAUUUAUCGGGAAAUAAUUUUGCUCACCAUCUCAUCUAUUAUUGUGAGUUUAAAUUUUGA